GCGAUUUGUCCCUUAUAUGGUGCUAUAAGUGUUUGCCCGUUUGGGGUUGCCACUUGCCCGUCCGCUUUCAAAAAAAGUUGUGGCGCCAAGUCCGGCCUUAUCAGUUACCACUGACCAAGGCCACAGGAGCGCGUGAGAGUGAGCAGUGCAGCCACAAUCUACCACGAAUGUGUGCGUCAAAUGGCCGCCGGGGUGGAUAAGGGUGAUCUUCAGCAUUGUGGUCCAGCAGAUAUUAUCUUGGAGACGAUGGCAACAGUUCUUGUUUGAAAGCUACGCAGGUUGUACUAUAAAGAUCGAUCGCCAGGGUUAAGAAGAAACAUAGUACGGUACCUGAGUAGCGCAGAGAAGGUGGGUGAUCGAAUCGAUCUUGUUGCAGCAGCAAUGGCUGCCAUUGCCGUCCUCUCCCUGCUGUUGCUCCUCUCUUGUUCUCCUCCCGUUCUUGGCUUCACGAGGAGCGACUUCCCGCCGGAGUUCGUCUUCGGAGCCGCCACCUCCGCAUACCAGUAUGAGGGUGCCGUUGCUGAGGAUGGCAGGAGCCCAAGCGUCUGGGACACCUUCACUCAAGCAGGGAAAAUGUCGGAUAAAAGCACAGGCGAUGUCACUGCGGAUGGGUACCACAAGUACAAGGAUGAUGUCAAGCUCAUGGUUGACACUAACCUAGAGGCUUACAGAUUCUCUAUCUCCUGGUCAAGGCUUAUACCAAAUGGGAGGGGAGCUGUCAACCCAAAAGGCUUGGAGUACUACAACAACCUUAUAAAUGAGCUAGUGCAACAUGGGAUUCAAGUCCAUGUUAUGCUUUCCCAUCUCGAUUUCCCGCAAGUUUUGGACGAUGAGUAUGCCGGAUGGUUAAGCCCUAAAAUUGUGGAAGAUUUCACAGCAUUUGCGGACGUGUGCUUUAGGGAGUUCGGAGACAGGGUUUCAUACUGGACAACGAUAGAUGAACCUAAUGUCAGCGCACUAGGGUCUUACGACAAUGCACUAUUUGCACCCGGACGUUGCUCCAACCCAUUUGGAAUAACAAAUUGUACAGUGGGAAACUCAACUGUGGAACCAUACAUAGCAGCUCAUAACAUGAUACUGGCUCAUGCAUCAGCUACCAGACUUUACCGAGAAAAAUAUCAAGCUGCCCAAAAGGGAGGUGUUGGCAUAAAUGUUUACUCUUCUUGGAGUUAUCCUAUGACAAACUCUGAUGUGGAUGUAGAAGCAGCUAAAAGAUACUUAGACUUCGUGUUCGGAUGGAUACUAGAGCCCCUGGUGUCUGGAGAUUACCCAGAUGUGAUGAAGAAAAAUGUUGGGUCUCGACUUCCAUCCUUCACAAAAUCUCAAUCUCAAGUUGUCAAGGGAGCUGUUGAUUUCAUAGGAAUAAACCACUACUAUUCCAUGUAUGUUAAUGAUCGUCCUUUAGACAAAGGCACUCGCGACUAUUCAGCAGACAUGUCUCUUUACCAAAGAGCUUCUAAAACAAUCCCAGGAAGUAGCAAGAAUGUUCCUUCAUCUUCUCAAAGUGACCCGGAAGGAUUGCAAUGUGUGCUGCAGUACCUAACGAAAGCCUAUGGGAAUGUUCCUAUCUAUGUGCAAGAGAAUGGUGUUGCAUCUAAUGACACUCUCAAUGACACCGAAAGGAUCGAAUACUUGAAGAGUUACAUGGGUAGCACACUGAAGGCAGUAAGGAAUGGAGCAAAUGUAAAAGGCUACUUUGUCUGGUCCUUCCUAGACGUCUUCGAGUUCUUUGCAGGGCCCCAGUCACGGUACGGCCUAUACCGUGUCGAUUUUAACGAUGAGGCGCGGCCACGACAAGCCAAGCUCUCUGCUCGAUGGUACUCUGGCUUCCUGAAGAACAAUGGCAGCUAUGUUCAGAACGAGCUCGACAGUACAGAAUCUCGUGCUCUGCAAUGAGCCGUAAAACAGAUAGUAGAAAUGUCGAGUUAUCCUAUGUAAAUAAAUGUUUCAUGUAAAUAUAGUGGUUUAUUACAUAUACAUCAUGUAGUACCUUAUGUACCUACAAGAGUGGUCGGCAGUGCCCCAUGCAUGGCCAUGUCUCAUGAUGGCGGUUUAGGUGUGUUGUAAUAGGUUUUGCUCGGUUUUCCGCAAAUUAACCAGACAAUUCUCUUCGGCUUUUAUCAA